AUGGGGGAGCCUCCGGGGCUGGAGGCGGCUCCGGGCUCGCUGCUGUGCCGGCUGCAGUUCCUGGAGGACUCGGAGCCCUUCUCGUGCGCCGCCUUCCCGGAGCCGCGGCGGGCCCCCGUGCUGCCCGUGCGGGAAGCGCUGCCCCUCGCCGCCCAGCUGCCCGCCGCGCACCGCUUGCUGGCCGCGCCUCUGCCGCUGGAGGAUUGCACUUUGCAAGUCUUGCCAUCGGGACACUAUUUGGACCUUGAACUUUCUCUGCUGGAGCAGAAGGAUGAACUGGAAGGGUUCUACGAGGACAUCAGGAAAGGGAGGCGGCCGAUUCUCCUCGUGCGCACACAGCUCUCAGUUCGUGUGCACGCCAUCCUGGAGAAGCUGUACAAUUCAAAGGGCCCCGAGCUGAGACGCUCCCUCUUCUCGCUGAAGCAGCUUUUCCAGGAGGAUAAAGACCUGGUGCCUGAGUUUGUGAAUUCAGAAGGUCUGACAUGCCUCAUCACAGUGGGAGCAGAAGCAGACCAGAAUUACCAGAACUAUAUCCUGAGAGCUCUCAGUCAGAUCAUGCUCUUUGUGGACGGAAUGAUGGGCGUCAUAAACCACAACGAGACGGUCCAGUGGCUCUAUAUGCUGUGUGGGAGCUUGUACCGCCUUGUGGUCAAGAGUUCCCUGAAGCUGCUGCUUGUCUUUGUGGAAUAUACAGAAUCCAAUGCCCAGCUGUUGAUCCAGGCUGUUGUAGCAGCAGAACAGGUCAGAGGCGGCUAUCCGUGGUCUCAGCUUGUGUCAAUCUUGGAGCAGAAGAAUGGAGCCGAUACGGAGCUCCAGGUGUUUGCCAUGACCCUCAUCAACAAGACGCUGGCUGCCCUCCCGGACCAGGAUUCCUUCUAUGACUUAACGGACUGCCUGGAGCAACAGGGCAUGGAGAGGAUCGUUCAGGAGCACGUCAGCAACAAGGGCACAGAACCGGACUUGAAGCAGCAGUUUGUCAUCUAUGAGAAUGCCCUCAAGUAUGAGGACGGAGUUGAAGAGCCGCUGCCCGGCCUGCGCAAGGAGCGGAGGAAAGGGGACGAGAGCCGGAGGGGGCGGCGGUCUAUGGGGUACAUCAUGGCCCAAGAGGAGAGCCAGGAGGUUCGAGUGGCUGAAGAAUUUCAGGCCAGCCCGGCUCGGGAUCUGGGCUUGGAUGUGGAGAGCAAUGGCCAGGCCAGCUUUACGAACAUGUAUAACAGUGCAUCAAGCAUGCAGCUUUCAACGCCAUCGGUAUCUUUGGAAGGGGAGCAGCCCGGGAACCUGGGUGAGAGAAGCGUUUUCAAAGCUCGCUUCUUGGAAAACCUGGCUGCCUCCCAGCAAGAGAAGCUGUUUGCAAUGUCCCGAGGGCGAGCAGAGGUCUUGGCUGAGGCGACGCCAGGCACUGAGCAAGUCAGCCCAGGGAAGUGGAGCGAAGGGCAGAAUGGAACUGCCAAUGGGGCAGAGCCCGCCUCUGCGUUGGGCAGCUUUGACAGUGGAGGGGCUGGCCAGAACGCGUCGGACAACGGUGUCUGCGGCACUCACCCCCUCAGCUUUGAUUCCAUCCCCAGUCCAGGUCACAGACUUGUUCCGCCUGGCGAAGCCACGGAGGCCUCCAGCGGCGUUUCUGAGAAAAAGUUUAUGCUUGGCAUGUUGUUCUCCAAGACCCCGGUGGAAUUGGAGAGGACACUUCUGGCCCCUGCAGAGGACCACUUGGCAGAAACCAGGAAGCAGCUGAGCCUGGAAGAAGGCGGGAGCUGUCCAGGCAAGAGGGCAGAGGCACCGUCCAGCUCGCAGACCCGACCGUUACGGACCCAGUUCAGCAUUGAUGCGGAAACCAACUUACAGAGUCUAGAGAGUACCCUUAUGGCUCCCUUCAAAAAGGACCUGGAGGUCAUGUGUCGAGAACCAAGCCCAAAACUGCUGAAAAUCAAAGAUCUGGAUUUCUCGGACCUGGGCAGGGAGGAAGAUUUCGAUGUACUAGAGACUGAAAUGAUGGAGAAGGUGUCAUCCGGGGCACCUGACCGCUGUACUGCUACAACUGCCAGUGGUGUUCUGGCUCCUCCUCCCCCUCCUCCUCCUCCUGGCUAUACCCCUCCUCCCCCUCCCCCUCCUCCCCCCCUACCUGGUUGUCCCCCUCCUCCUCCCCCUCCCCCACCUGGUUGUCCCCCUCCUGGCUCGCUCAGUUCCUCCACCGGAGAUGCUCACCGUCCUGCUAAGAAGAAGACGGUUAAGCUUUUCUGGAGGGAGUUGAAAAAUGUGGAUCGCUCACCGGGGAGAGGCAGAUUUGGGAAGGCAACUCUUUGGGCAUCCCUGAAAAAGGUUGAGAUUGAUACAGCCAAGCUGGAGCAUCUGUUUGAGUCCAAGGCAAAGGAUGUGCUUCCCUCUAAGAAAGCUGCUGACGGGAAGAAAGUCAUCGUGGUCUUGGAUCCAAAGAGAAGCAACGCCAUCAACAUCGGCUUGACGGUCCUGCCUCCUGCUUACAUCAUCAAGAUGGCCAUUCUCAACUUUGACGAGUUUGCAAUUACUAAGGAAGGGAUUGAGAAAAUCGCAACCAUGGUUCCCACGGAAGAAGAGAAGCAGCGGAUUCAGGAAGCCCAGCUAGCCAACCCCGACGUCCCUCUGGGCUCGGCAGAGCAGUUCCUUCUCACCCUUUCCUCGAUCUCUGAGCUCGCCGCCCGGCUCCAACUGUGGGCUUUCAAGCUGGACUACGAGACCAUGGAACAGGAGAUCGCUGAACCUCUGUUUGACUUGAAGCUUGGGAUGGAGCAGCUGGCCAAAAACCAGACCUUCAAGCACAUCCUUGCCACUCUCCUAGCCAUGGGCAACUUCCUGAAUGGCUCCCAGAGUCGAGGGUUUGAGCUGAACUACCUGGCCAAGGUGUCGGAGGUGAAGGACACGGUGCACCGGCAGACCCUGCUGCACCACCUGUGCCACACCGUGGUGGAAAAAUUCCCAGAUACGACUGACCUCUACUCUGAGAUUGCUGCCAUCACGCGUUCAGCCAAGGUCGACUUUGAUGCGCUCGCUGACAGUCUAGUCCAGCUAGAGCAGCGGUGCAAAGCGUCAUGGGAUAGCUUGAAGGCCAUCGCCAAGCAUGAAACGAAGCCCGCCCUGAAGAGCAAGCUGCUGGACUUCCUGCAGGCCAGCACCCAGAAAAUCAUCAUCCUCAAGGUGGUCCACCGGCGGGUGCUGAACAGAUUUCGCUCCUUCCUCCUUUACCUGGGUUAUGAGGCACAUAAGGUGAGGGAUGUGAAGGUCACUGGAUUCUGCCAAACCAUCCGGGAGUUUGCCCUGGAAUACCGCACGUGCCAAGAGAGAGUUGUGCAGCAGAGGAAGAAACGGGCAGCGUACCGGGAGAGGAACAAAACCCGCGGCAGGAUGAUCACAGAGAUGGAGAAAUUUGCCAGCGCUAGCAAGCCCGAAGAGAGCUCUGCGCCAGCGGUACUGUCAGCCAGUCCAGAGCCAAAGGCUGAAGCAGGCCACGAAACCAUGACCAGCGUGCUCAUCUCCCCUGCAGAGCUGUCUGGUCGCCGCAGUCGGCCCAGCAGAGGUGUUGGAAAGCACACCCCUCCUAGUGCUCUCCCUCCCCAGGAUGAUACAGCCGGCUCCCCAGAAGAUGCUUCAGAGGAGAUCAUGGAUCGCCUGGUGAAGUCCGUCACGCAGAGCACUCCGCCGCGACCAGGUGCUGGGAAGGAUCGCAAGCGUUCCCGGGUGAACAGGAAAUCUCUGAGGCGCACCCUGAAGAACGGCCUAAGCGAUGAGCUGGUGCAAGCCUUGGGCCUGGCUCAGGCACCUGGAGUGGCCGUGUGAAGAACAGGCUGCGGAACCCGGAGGAGCCUCGCCGAAUUAGGAUGCCGG